CGGCACUGGACCGAGUACCAAGAUUGAAGAAACAUUCAUUUUGGACUUGACUCGAACGUGCAGGGUUGAUCGAUCUUGUCGUGCUUUCACAUAAGCCAUAAGGCUACUGCUUUUGUUCUUGGUGAAAAAGACCUGGAGCGCGUCCUGCCAUUUCAUGCUCUCUCAGUGGCACCGGAGCCCAGUUGGUUCGGCUCGGGCCAUGCGCGCCGCUGCGCACACCUGCUGCUGAUGGCCACCGUGUGCCUUGGCUUGGUUGACCGGCCAUGUGGCCGGACUGCUCAGGACUUUCACAUUGCAGCGUUCUUUGCCGAAGUGCUGACAGACUUCCUUGGUGGUUGGUGGGCGCUCCAAAGCACGCGCUUGGAAAACAUCGAGCUCCAGGAAAGGAAUUUCAGAUUUUGCUUGCUUUGCCCUUUCACUUCGCCUCCUUGAGGAAGGCAACCUGGCAGUGCACUGAAGGUCGAUGAGAAGGACGCCAAUGCAGGAACGGAGCCCACAGACCUGGAGGUCGCUCAGGCGAGAGAUGUCUUGGUGGUUGACCGGAUUUGACAUCCAAUGCACCAAGAAAUACAACCUCGCAGCCAAAGAGGAGAAGAAUUCGACCUUUUUGAGCGGGAUCGGCAAGCUGCUCAAUGCGCUCAGGCCAUCCUUGGACAAACGUGGCGGGCUGUACCACGUGUUGCAAGGGAGGAGACCCCUGGAGGACAGUCAGCUGCAGGUUGUUCAAAAACUUGCACGCGGCCGGUGCGCUACAUCGACGAGGACAUAGAGGUGAUCGGCGCGCUCCGCUGUUACACUGCUUCAACCAGCAACAGGUCCCGCCCAGUAGCAUGGCAGCCUCUUGUGCCUUCAAUGACCUGGUGUGCGCCUUGUCCCUUUCUUUCCUGGAGCAUGUGGCUCGACCUGACGGGCAUAAUUGCUUUGGUGCUUUCCUGCCCACGCACAGUCGAAGUCGACCGCCGCCGUGACAUGUGGGUGGAUGCUUGCGCGAAGCUCACACCACUGGAUCGCACGUACCGCAUCCUUGAGCGCGGAAUGUGGAGCUAUGUCGACAACCUGACCUAUGCCAUGUGCGAAACAGCCCAAUGAGGAGGAGAGCGCCGCUGCUGCGAGCGGCAAAACGCAAAUUUUCCCGCGCGCGUUGCUUUUGAAGCAAAAUCUUACCUCGUCCCAGUUGCCCGUCCCCCUGCGCGGUGUUUGCAAGAUGUGACAUGACUGGAGGUCGGUCGGAGUGGCGGGUUCUCGAACCCAAUGUGGAGAUGAGCCAGCUUCCGAGUCAAGAAAGAACAUAACGGCGCUGAAGACAGAAAACAAAGGUGCUGAAGAAAGGGAUUGCGCUCGGCGCCUAAGCCACAAGGUUAAUUGAAUUGAUGCUUAGUUUGGCAGAAGUUAUUCGAGGCAAAAACCUCCGCCGCCGCCUGACAAGAACAUCCUGCUCGCUUUGAAUUGUCCUUCUGUAUUUCUCGGGCGGUCAGAGAAUGGUUUCCGUGGGCGCAAGAUGAUGAGUGUCGGAAAGCACUCCACCGUGCCUUGCAGCAGCUGGUCCUCUCCUGCACAGGUCCUUUGCAUUGAAGAUGCUG